UCAAUCUUCAUUGAUAAUGGAAAUUUUUUGAAAAGCUUCACAAUCACAACAAUGGCGGAGACGCCAUAUCCGAAACUUCUUCCUCUUCUUCUUCUCCUUCUCCUCCACUUUCCUUUUUCAGCUUCUACCAUACCUCUCGGCUCCGUUCUUUUCGCCUCCGGUUCAAACCAGUCUUGGUCGUCUCCCAAUUUCACUUUCUCCGUCUCCUUUGUUCCAUCGUCUUCCCCUAAUUCCUUCCUCGCCGCCGUUUCCUUCGCCGGAAACGUUCCAAUAUGGUCCGCAGGAAGCGUUGACUCCGGCGGAUCCCUCCGACUUCUCCCCUCCGGCUCCCUUCGCCUCAGCAAUGGCUCCAACACCACCGUCUGGGACUCCGGAACCGAUCGUCUCGGCGUCGUUUCUGCUUCGAUCGAAGAUUCCGGUAACCUUCUACUCCUCGAUAACCGGAGCAACCCGGUCUGGUCCUCCUUCGAUCACCCGACGGACACGAUCGUUGAGUCGCAGAAUUUCACCGCCGGUAAGGCUCUCCGAUCUGGUAAUUACUCGUUUCAGCUUGAGAGAAAUGGGAAUCUCACACUUAGGUGGAACAAUAGCUUGAUUUACUGGAACCAAGGGCUUAAUUCGUCCUUUAGCUCGAACCUAUCGUCUCCUAGCUUAGCUUUACAGACCAACGGUGUCGUAUUGAUUUUCGAUUCGACUCUCCGUGGCGGAGCUGAAGCUGUUUACAGUAGCGAUUACGGAGAAGGUAGCAACACGUUUAGGUUCUUGAAGCUAGACGAUGAUGGGAACCUGAGAAUCUACAGCUCCGCGAGUAGAAACAGUGGUCCUGUGUCGUCUCAUUGGUCUGCUGUUGCUAAUCAGUGUCUUGUUUAUGGAUACUGUGGAAACUUUGGGAUUUGUAGUUACAAUGGUACAAAUCCGAUUUGCUUGUGUCCGUCUCGUAACUUUGAUCUUGUUGAUGUGAACGAUAGAAGAAAAGGGUGCAAGAGAGUAGUGGAGCUGAGUGAUUGUUCUGGUAACGCAACCAUGCUUGAUUUGGAUCACACCAGGUUGAUUACGAACCAAGACGAUCCAAACUCGGAGGUUUUCUUUGCUGGUAGCUCGCCUUGCAGGUCGAAUUGUCUUGUUAGCAGUUCUUGUCUCGCUUCUGUGUCAAUGUCUGAUGGAUCGGGAAACUGCUGGCAGAAACAACCUGGUUCGUUCUUCACCGGGUACCAAAGCUCAUCGGUUCCGAGUACUUCUUACGUUAAAGUUUGCGGUCCGGUGUUGCCUAACCGGCCUUUGGUUUCGACGAAAGGCGAUGGUAACAGCUCGAAAGUGCGCUUGUGGAUCGUUGCGGUUGCUGUAGUAGGUGGGCUUAUUGGUUUGGUUGCGUUAGAGGUUGGUCUAUGGUGGUGCUGCUGCAGAAACAAUCCUCGGUUUGGGACUUUAUCGUCUCACUACGCUUUGCUUGAGUACGCUUCUGGUGCGCCGGUGCAGUUUUCCUACAAGGAGCUGCAACGUUGCACCAAGAGUUUCAAGGAGAAGCUUGGAGCUGGAGGGUUUGGGACUGUGUACAGAGGCGUGCUCACGAACAGAACCGUGGUUGCGGUGAAGCAACUUGAAGGGAUAGAGCAAGGAGAGAAGCAGUUUAGGAUGGAGGUUGCAACCAUUAGCAGCACACACCAUCUGAAUCUAGUGAGACUGAUCGGGUUUUGCUCGGAGGGAAGACACAGACUUCUUGUUUAUGAGUUCAUGAGAAACGGGUCUCUCGAUAACUUCUUGUUUAGUACUGAUUCAGGGAAGCUAUUGACUUGGGAGUAUCGGUUUAACAUUGCGCUUGGGACGGCUAAGGGAAUCACUUACCUACACGAGGAGUGUCGCGACUGUAUCGUUCAUUGUGACAUUAAACCAGAGAACAUUCUCGUGGAUGAUAAUUACACUGCCAAAGUGUCGGACUUUGGACUUGCUAAACUCUUGAAUCCAAAAGACAAUAGAAACAAGAACUUGAGCAGCAUUAGAGGAACUAGAGGCUAUUUAGCACCUGAAUGGCUCGCGAAUCUUCCCAUAACCUCGAAAUCGGAUGUCUACAGCUACGGGAUGGUUCUACUUGAGAUAGUCAGCGGACAAAGGAACUUCGAUGUCUCUGAGAAAACGAACCACAAGAAAUUCUCGAUAUGGGCUUACGAGGAGUUUGAAAAGGGCAACACCGAGGCGAUUCUAGACGAUCGUUUGGUCGCAGAUCAAACUGUUGAUAUGGAACAAGUGAAGAGAAUGGUUCAGACAAGCUUCUGGUGUAUACAAGAGCAGCCAUUGCAGAGACCGACAAUGGGGAAAGUGGUUCAGAUGCUAGAAGGAAUCACGGCUAUAAACAAGCCGCCACGUCCAAAGACCUUAAGCGAUGUGUCGUUUUCAGGGAACAGUGGGAGGACAAGCCACGGGUCUAUGUUGGUUGCUUCGGGUCCGGCUCGUUCAUCUUCUUCAUCUGCUACACGGUCGUUUCAGACAAUGGGGAUCACAUCGUCUGGACCGGCUUCCACUAGGAUCAGUGAAGGUUCGUUGCUUGGACCUUAAAGUAUUGUGUAAUGUGAUUAGUUAAGUGUAGGAUUUUUUCACUUAUUGCAUACGUUAUAAGUUGUAUAGAACACAACAAAACCUAUAUCUAUUGUUUCUGAGUUAAUUACAAUCAAAUGAAAUGCAUAUUCAAAGUUGUUGAAUUCUAA